CCAAUUUGCAAAACGUCACUGUCAAUAAUUGUUUUCGUUUUUUUUAUUGAUAAAUUUGUGAUUUUAGUGUGCUACUAUUGUACAAUAUUUUGAUAUUAUUUCAUAACUUCGUUUUAUACUUAGAACUUCGUAGUUCAAUUGUGAUUUUUACACUGUUAAAUACCAUUGUUGUUUCAAGUGCGUCACAAAGAAAUCGUCUGAUUUUGUCAUUAUAAUUUCGUUUAUUUCGAUCAUAAACCAUGUCUGUGAAAGAUUACGUUACGACGUUGAAGAUUUUAGUUAUUGGCGAGAGUGGUGUGGGUAAAUCCAGCAUAAUCCUUGCGUUCACAACAGGAGACUAUAAUGCCUCAUUCCCGGCCACAAUCGGAGUUGACUACAAAUGUAAGAUCAUGGAUGUCAAUGGUGUCAAAGUUAAGCUUGGAAUUUGGGACACAGCUGGCCAGGAACGGUAUAGGACGUUAACAUCAAGCUUUUACAGAGACGCUCACGGUGCGAUACUUGUUUACGACGUGUCAGAACCAAAGUCCUUAGCGAAGCUGAACGAGUGGGCCGAGGAGCUCCAAGUGUAUUCCACAAAGAAAAACAUAGUCUGUUUAGUUGUCGGCAAUAAGAUUGAUAAGCAAAAUCGUGCAGUACCCAGAGAGCAAGGCCAGGCAUUCGCACAGAAACACAGGAUGUUGUUCAUUGAGAGCAGUGCUAAGACCCAGGAGGGAAUCAGCUUGGCGUUUGAAGAACUGGUUCAAAAGAUUAUAGAAACACCUGGUCUUUGGGAGACGGAAGGCUCGUCAUCCAACAUCCGCAUAUCAAACGAGGAGAGGCGACAACAGCAAGAAUCUUCUUGUUACGAUUAUACUUGCACCAUUUAGAAUAGGCUUUUAGGUUGGCUGUAUACUGAAGAUUUCUAUGAUGACGUCGAAAAUUUUGUAGAGACGUAUUUCGAACUGGCAAAUCGUCUGUUUCUAUCGGACAAAUGUGGGUAAUUUCUGAUUGUCAUUGGAUUUCACGAAGGUUAAUCUUUUUUGUUAUAAAAUGUCAGGUUCCAGUUUUGUAAACUUUCUUUUAUUAUUUUAAUUUAAACACUCUAAAUGAUGACAUUUUCGAACACCAAAACCUAAA